GCUGAGAGCGGCCCCGCCCCGUUUCUCGGUCUCGGCAGAAGCUGCCUGCUUCGAGCGUCAGCCCUUCGCGCUUUUUGGAGCAGGUCGGCCGCGUCCUUACGAUGCCGCGUGGAAGCCGGAGCCGCACUUCCCGCAUGGCCCCUCCGGCCAGCCGGGCACCUCAGAUGAGAGCCGCCCCCAGGCCAGCGCCAGUUGCUCAGCCGCCAGUAGCAGCCCCACCGUCUGCAGUUGGCUCACCUGCUGCUGCACCCCGGCAGCCAGGUCUCAUGGCUCAGAUGGCAACCACUGCCGCUGGCGUGGCUGUGGGCUCUGCUGUCGGGCACACACUGGGCCAUGCCCUCACUGGAGGCUUCAGUGGAGGAAGUAAUACUGAGCCCUCAAGGCCUGACAUCACUUACCAGGAGCCCCAGGGAGCCCAACCAGCAUACCAGCAGGAGCAGCAGCAGUUUGGCCCUUGCCACUAUGAGAUGAAACAGUUUCUGGAGUGCGCCCAGAACCAGAGUGACCUCAAGCUUUGUGAGGGUUUCAGCGAGGUGCUGAAGCAGUGCAGAUUUGCAAAUGGGUUAGCGUAAUCAAGAAGUUCAAAUUGAAGAAACGGGGAAUCGGCUCUCAUGACCGAGUUCACGUAGCCUAGAACUAUACUUGAUAGUGACAGUGAACGUGUACAAGCACUGUUAAACCUCUCCUCUAUGAUUAAUAGUUCCCUUGCUUCAGAAUCACCACAGAAGGGGGCAUUCUUAUUGUACUGAGAUGAUGUCACAUUUGAGGCUGGGCAGAUGUUUUUGUGACCCCCUUAAACUAGCUGUUGUGAUGUUAUCAUUUAUCAAUUAAUUAGAAUAAAGUGAUUUUCUUCCCAGA